AUGUCUGCCUCUUCUCUUGAUCACCUUGCCCUAGGUGGCCGUGUCGAAUGGCUCGCGAGCCUUAACACGGCUGCUGCUCCCGGCAAGAAUGCCCACCGACGAACCUCCAUCAUCUGCACCAUCGGACCCAAGACCAACUCUGUUGAGAAGAUCAACUCUCUUCGACAAGCAGGUCUUAAUAUCGUCCGCAUGAACUUCAGCCAUGGGAGCUACGAAUAUCACCAAUCUGUCAUUGACAACACCCGCGCUGCGGAGAAGCAGCAGCCUGGCCGACAAGUUGCCAUCGCCCUCGAUACGAAGGGACCCGAGAUCCGCACUGGUGAUACUGAGCACGGUGACGAUAUCCCCCUCAAGGCCGGAACCGUCCUGAACAUUACUACGGAUGAGAAGUAUAAGACAGCAUGCAGCGCAGAGAAUAUGUAUGUGGAUUACACCAACAUUACCAAAGUGAUCUCGCCGGGAAAGAUUAUAUAUGUCGACGAUGGUGUGCUUGCCUUCGAUGUUCUCAGCAUCAAGGAUGACAAGACUGUCGAAGUCCGCGCCCGAAACAACGGGUUCAUCUCCUCCCGAAAGGGUGUCAACCUCCCCGACACUGAUGUCGAUCUCCCUGCUCUGUCAGAGAAGGACAAGAAAGAUCUCCGAUUUGGAGUCCAAAACAAUGUCGAUAUGGUUUUUGCCAGCUUUAUUCGACGAGGUGAAGACAUCCGUGCGAUUCGAGAAGUGUUGGGAGAAGAUGGUAAACACAUUCAGAUUAUUGCCAAGAUUGAGAACCGACAAGGAAUAUCUACCUCACUUAACAACUUCGAUGAAAUUCUUAAGGAGACCGAUGGUGUUAUGGUAGCCCGUGGAGAUCUAGGCAUUGAAAUCCCGGCUUACGAAGUAUUCGCCGCUCAGAAGAAGUUGAUUGCGAAGUGCAACAUUGCUGGUAAACCGGCGAUCUGUGCCACGCAGAUGUUGGAAAGCAUGAUUACCAACCCUCGCCCAACCAGAGCAGAAAUCAGCGAUGUUGGUAACGCUGUUACUGACGGAGCUGACUGUGUCAUGCUCAGCGGUGAGACCGCCAAAGGUGCGUAUCCGGAGCUGGCCGUCCGCGAGAUGAGCAACACCUGCCUUGCUGCAGAGAACUCUAUCCCCUACGUCAGCCACUACGAGGAGAUGGUCACGCUGUCGAAGCGUCCCACGAGCGUUGUCGAGGGUUGCGCUAUGGCUGCUGUACGAGCGUCUUUGGACCUGAACGCGGGAGCCAUUAUCGUCCUGUCGACGUCUGGUGAUUCUGCUCGUCUACUAUCCAAGUACCGACCGGUGUGCCCUAUCUUCAUGGUUACUCGCAAUGCAUCCGCGUCGCGCUAUGCGCACUUGUACCGUGGUGUCUAUCCUUUCCUAUUUGACGAAGCUAAGCCGGACUACGACAACGUUAACUGGCAAGAGGAUGUAGACCGCCGCAUUAAAUGGGCCGUUGAGAGGGCCUUAGGAUUAGGACUUCUGAACAAGAGCGAUACCAUCGUCGUUGUCCAAGGCUGGAGAGGUGGUAUGGGUAAUACAAACACAACACGGAUCGUCAAGGCCGAUCCGGCUUCCCUAGGAUUAGGAAUGAUGCAUUGA